AUGUCUACUACAAGACUUCGCAAAGCGUUUCGAUACCCUGAUGAUUCAGGUGACGAUGAACAGGGCCGAGAAGAGCUAGACGAAGAGGAACAAGACGUUGUAAUUAGACAAUUACAGGCAGAGAAUGAUCAGCGGAAUUCUGAGUAUACUGUGAAAACUCCCCUAUCCUCGUUGACACUUCUCAGCACAGAAACCAGAGCUAAACCAUGA